CGUCCAUAUUUCGUCGAUCUCGUUCUCUUCCAGUAUUCGACCAACAUUCGACAAUACAUCACAGUCACGUCGUACUUCAGUCCCUCAACUUGACAAGAAUUGUGGCGCUACAGCAUGGAUUUCCGUGAGGGUGAAGGCGCGGUGCUGCGUAAGGAAGUCAAAGAGCUCUUGCGACCGUGGGUUUCUUCACGUACUUCACCUCCUUGGUCCGAUGCUGAGCUAUUAACCAUGUGCUUGAUCGUCCGAGGCCCAGUAUCUCUCUUCGAGCUGAGACGGUGGCUCAAGUCCAACUUUGCAUGGUGCGUGAAAGAUAGAAGAUUACUCAAUAUCAUACGCUCCGUGCGCGCUACAUCUGCGAUGCGAGGCCUAGCACCAAUUCACCGCGUCAGCACUGGAUGGAGGUAUGGGUUGGCUGUAGAGGCCCCCGUGCAUCAAAUCCGACUCUUUUUGCACAAGUUGCUACAUUCAAGCAACGACAGUACUUCAGCAAGCAAACAAGAUCUUAUCAGUGCAAUCCCGGUUGAGCUCAGGGUCAUGAUUCUGAACUUAGUGCUGGCGGUUCCAAAUAGCGAAGUGGUGAUGCAACUUGAGACAAAUCUCUCAGGAAGUGUGGUGAAAGUCAGGGACAGAGAAGUGCAAGGCCAUCCCUCGCGCAACGCAUUGCCACUCGGUGGCGAGUUCUCUCACCCAGGAACUCACUUAACACGACCGGCUGCAGUGGUUCUAGCACUGCUGACAGUCAGCAAGAAAUUCUACGAAGAGUCGAUGCCGAUAUUCUAUGGAAAGAACAUCUUCGUAUGUCCUGACAUGCUGAAAUUAAGUAGAUUUCUGAAGCACACGCCACCAGCUCGAAGAGAUUGCAUCAAACAUCUGGUCAUAAACUACCGUCCAAUGCAAAAGGAGGCGAAACAUGCACGGAAGUGGUUCAAGGUCAUGCAAACCAUGAAGUCCCUCAAAACACUCAACAUCCAGCUCGACGAAUCCUUUAGCUACUAUGACUCAUAUCGGAGCGGAAAUUCGAAUUACCUUGGGACCUUACUCAAGAAGAAUCCACUCGUGUUGCCCGGAAUCUCAGAGCUUGCUUCUAUCAGGAUCAAAGAGGUCAACGUUCAUGGUGAUUGUCCAACAUAUCGAACACAUCUGGCCCAGAUGAUGUUGCCCAAGGUAAUCGAGGAAGCAAAGGAGCUGCCUAGGAAGCGCAAAGCCGUGAGCGCUUCGUCGAAAGUCGACCAGAAGCACAAGAGCCUCAAGCGUGGCCCCUGAGCAGCGGCAUUGGCCUUUGGCCACUUCAAGACACUGCUCCGAGACAAUGUAACUUGAUUGGGAUUGUGUUACGGCGCCUUUUGUGCUUUUCUUUGUUAAGGCCUGUUCAUGAGCUAGACUGAACAUAAUGUUAUUGGGCAUAU